AUGGAAAUGCCACAUCGGAUGCCGUAUUUGCCUAUGCAAGAGACACGGACAACGCCAGCUGAGCCAGAACUAGGAUCCUCGAGUGCAUAUACCCAAAGAUACGGGGAUGUGGAUGAGUCACAAAGGGGCGUCAUUGAUCCUGCAGCGAUCACAUCCGUGGACAAGGACUUGGUCACGCGAUAUAUCCCUGGCGAACUUACCCCCUUGUUUGACUUGAUACAGACAAAACAACAACCACAUCUCGACAAAUUGCGAGUGCGGAAACGAAAGUUGGAGGAUGCUUUGGCUACCGGCAAUAUGAGUUUGUCGGAGGAUGCGGAAUUGAUCAUCCAGGAAUCCAAAAACAAGCGCAAGGCUGGGAACCAGGGACUAUUAACCGAAGCCGAAAAGAAAGCCAACCAUAUUGCCUCAGAGCAAAAGCGACGUGCAAAUAUCCGGAAAGGCUAUGAUAUGUUAAGUGCUAUGCUACCUACGCUAAGCAAAUAUGCUGAGUCUCAAGGAGGCAGUGGCGAUGUGAAGCGGCAUGGUGAGGAGGAUGGGAUGGAUUCCCGGUCGAGUAUCCACAGUGAGAUCACAGUAUUGGAAGAAGCUAUCGAGUAUGUGACACAAUGCUUGCAAGAGCAUCAUCAGCUAUUGCUCCGCAAGUCAAAAGCACAGGAAGAGCUUUUGGCCUAUUACCGUAGAAUGGCGGUGUAA